UACGAUUUGGUGUUGAUAAUAAUGUAAUGUUAACAGGAGCAAGACCUACAGGUUUACAUUAUUCUCCAUUAGCUAGACGAAGACAAGAGCCACAUGAUAAUUCAUGCGAUAGAGAUGUAUGUAGUCAUCAAUGUGUACGAGUUCCUUCAACACCAGACAAACCUUUUAAAUGUCAGUGUCCUGACGGGUCAUCUAAAAUAUUAUCUAGUAAUCAGGCUACUUGUGAAAGACCAGCGAAUUUUGUUCUCUUUGCUGAUUUGAAUUCGUUGAAAAUGGUUAGUUUAGAUCCAGAAUCUGAAUCAACUGUACAUACUAUACAAUAUGGUCAUAUACGUAGUAAUUUUGUUGCUGUGGCAUAUGAUAAAUCUACAGAUACUAUAUACUGGAGUGACAUAACAGAAAAAUCGAUCUAUUCUUCGCCAUUCAAUGGUAUUGAGCCUAAACUGAUUUAUCGUAGCACUCAAUUUAUAGAAGGAAUAACAGUUGAUUCUGAUAGACAGCGUCUCUUCUGGACUGGUUAUCUUAGUAAUGGUACAGGUGUUGUGGCUAGAAUGAAUUUACAGAGAGGACCUUCAUCUUACCAUGAAGUUAAAAAAGGACUCAAUAAGCCAAAAGCAAUUCUGUUUUUUGCAAAGAAGAAGAUGUUAUUUUGGACCGAUUUUGGUGGUAAUAAUUACCCUGCUAGUGUUCACAGAUCACGAGCUAAUGGUAAACAUCAUAAAGUUAUCAUGUCAGAUGGUCUAUUCUGGCCUAAUGCACUAGCUUCACAAGACUCACAACUUUAUGUUGGUGAUGGCUCAGGGAAGGUCUUUCAGAUGAACUUUGAUGGCUCCGACAGAAGAGAAUUGACAUUUUUAAGUGGCUCAGAUGUAUUCGGUAUGGCUGUAUUUGAUAAAGUAUUAUUUUAUUCUGAUUGGUACACUAAUAGUGUUUAUAUGGUUGAUAUGGUAACUGGAGAUCAAGAAACCGUGGCAACCCAUCUUUCACGACCAACUAGUAUCGUUAUAUAUCAUCCAAAUGAUUUAAGCAAAGAUAAUUUAUGUAACGAAGAUGGUGAAGAAAAAUGUAGUGCUAUUUGUGUACCUGUACCUAGAUCUUAUCAUUGUACUUGUAAUAUUGGUUCAAAGUUAGCUGCUGAUGGCAAAAACUGUAUUCAAAUGUCGAGUCCAUGGGUGCGAACUGAAGAAAGAAGAUGUGGUGAUGGAUGUGGUAAAAAUUCACAAUGUGCCCAACGAGUACCAUUAUUAGAAUAUAUCUGUGUAUGUAAAGCUGGUUAUUAUUUAUUUGAUGGUGAUUGCAUAGGUUGUGGAGAGAAUAUGUAUAAAUCAUCGUUAGGUAAUGAAGCAUGUGAUGCUUGUCCAUUUGAUACUAGUACUCAAGGUGCUACAGCCUCCAGUCAAUGUUACUGUGAUAGACCUAACCGAAUUUUGGUCAAUAAUACAUGUAUAGCUACUGCAGUAACAACUGUUAAUUCCAUGACAACAGAAGAGGUUACUACAUCAACAUCCAAAAUGGUUACUAUGACAACAUCAAAAAUGGUUACAAAAGAUUCAGAAAUGGACUGGUUAGAUAUAACAACAAGUAAAUCUGUUGACCAUAGCUUUGUUCCAAGAGGGGUAACACUGGCAGGUGCAACAGUGUCUGGUGUUACUUUUGACUAUGAAAUCAAUGGUGAAAGAACUCAGGAACCAUUACAUGAACAAACCCAUGCUCCUUAUGUUGAGAGAACACAAGCAACAGCAGAUGAGACAACACACAUACCAGUUAGACCAACUACAGAAGAUAUCGAACCACUAAUAGAUGUAACCAUGGUGACAAAAGACACAGCUUCAUCAAUUCAAAAUAAUGGUGGCUAUCCAUAUUUUGAGAAUUGUCCUCAUGAUUCUGUAAUAACAGUAACACUACCACCAGACAGUAAUAGAUAUCUAUAUCCAGUAGAAUGGUCAGCUUAUGAUUCCUAUAAAAACCGUCUGCCUAUGACAUCAAACUAUCAGAUUGUAGAUAGAGCUAUUAGUCUCAUGUGGAAAGGAAGAGGCAGUGAAGGAAUUCAUAUGGUGGUAUUUCAAGCUGAAGAUAAUUGGAAAAGGAAGAAAACUUGUCAAUUUGAAAUACAAGUUGAUGAUGUGACAGCACCAGUGUUUACUUACUGUCCACGUAAUUUACUUAUAAAAAGUGAUCAACCAAUGGAACGUGUUGUAUGGCAACGCCCUAUAGCUGUAGAUAAUGUUGGAGUUUUUGAGAAUAUAGGAUCACAUGAUUCUAAUAUUGAUUUUUCUCAUGGAACAACAGCUGUGAAUUAUACUGCAUCUGAUAAGGCUGGAAAUAAAGCCUAUUGUACCUUUAAUGUUACCAUAGUAAAAGAACAGCAAUGUAAUUUACCAUCAUUUAAGAAUGGAGCGUUUGCUUGUGGUCAUACUAGACUUACAGAAGAAAUAUGCCAUGUUGUAUGUGGUAGUGGUUAUGUUAUCAAUCCUGUGGGAUUAUUUGAUAGACAUUUUAAUUGUCAACUAUCUGGAGAUGUUCAACAGUUAAAUAAAAGAAUGAAAAUACAAGAACCAUGUUUAGCCAAGAAAAGACCUACAAAAGUACUACAGGAGUUCAGUUUAAGUUUUAUUGGACCAUGUAAUCUAAAUAACUCAAGUUUAGUAUCAGAACUUUCAUCACAUAUUUUAGACCAUCUUCAAAAAAGUGAUAAAUGUCCGUUUGCCGAUUGUCAGUUCAGCAAUAUGACUGUUGUUUGUGGACGAAGUGUUAAAAUUAGAAGAUUUGUACAAGAUAAAUUUACUGUUAAAUGGAAUAUUACAAUAGAAAGCAUGAAUGGAUUUACAAAGGGUCAAGUUGAAGCAAUACUAAAUGAUAUAAAGAUAGAAUUAAUGAAGUUGAUAUCAGCAUUAGCAGUUAUAGUAGAUUCUCACCAAUAUACAGCAGAACCUAGCAGUGUACGAACUAAUCCAUCCCAAUUAGUGUGUAAUCAUGGAGAGAUGGUUUUUAAAGAUGGCUGUGUGCCUUGUCCAGUAGGGGCUUUACAUAAUACAACAGCAAGAAAAUGUAUGUUAUGUCCUAGAGGAACAUUUCAACCUAAAGCUAGUCAGGUACAAUGUCAAAGAUGUGAAAUGGAUCAAUAUACUAGAGAGGAAGGAGCUAUCAGUCAAUCUCAAUGUAUUGAAGUACCAGCUAUAGAUGAAAUGAGUAAAUUUUUAAUCAUCACAGCUUGUACGUUUGGUUUUGUUUUCCUCUGUAUGGUUAUCUUUAUGUAUUUACAAUAUCAGAGACAGCAGAAACAAGCUAGAAAGAGUUUAACAUUAGCCAACUCCAAUAGGUAUUUAAUGCCUAAUAUCUAUGUAGCUCCACCUCCAGUACCUAAACCAAAAUAUUUUGAAUCAAGAGAUUAUAUUGGUUGCCAUGACUAUGAAGAUAUUGAUGGUGCUCAAACAGCUAAAGCCAAUUUUGCUGCCAUGUACAGAAUUCCAACAGCGGGAGAUCGCAGAGAUUCAACCAGUUCAUUCAAACCUAGUGGCGCUAAUGGAGACAUAAUGUUCCGUACAGGACCUUCACCAUCUUUAUCAGCUAGAGAUUCUACAGCUGGUGUCCAAUCUUUUAGGACUUCUGAAGAUACUCUUGUUCCUUCUUCUCCACUGGAUUCUAAUAAAUCUUUCAAAACAUCUAUUGACGGCUCUCUCAAAUCUCCAGUAUCAGCUCACAAUUCCACUGGUUCCUUUAGAUCAUCACCAGAGUCACCUUACAGAAGUCCACAAUUUGGUCGAGAUAGCUCAAGUUCAUACCGGACAACACCAGAGUCUCCCAACAAAAGUCCACCAUAUUUAUAUGGAGCAAGUGCUACUGCCAUGUCCUUCAGAACUAAUCCAGAAGCAUCACCAUAUCGUAGUCCAAAGAUUGUUCGAGAGCCCAACUCUUCUUUUAAAACAUCUCCAGAAUCUCCAUACAGAACUACAACAUUUAUAAGAGAUUUAAAUUCAACACGUCAAGCUUCCGUAGAGUUACCUGUGAGAAGUCAAACUUUCAGACCACAUGCUGAGUCACCUUAUCGCAGUGUCAAUGAUGGAAGUUCUUUUCGAUCUUUCGGAGACUCACAGUUAGAGUCUCCAUAUCGCAGUGUUAAUCAUAAUGGAAUUGCGUUCAGACCACCAGUAGACUCCUUAUAUAAACGCCCACCCUCCCCGCUUUCUGUACCCAGUUCUCGGGUAUCUAAUGAUUCACUUUAUAAAGCAUCUUCUACCCCAAAAGCCUCCCCUAAUGCAUCUCGAGCAAGACUUGAAGCUAUGUUCAACACCCCACCUCCCAGUCGAUCUAUGAAAUCCUUUACCCAAAAUAGAUGUUAUGAGUAUGAUUAAUCUAUGGACAUCUAAUAAUACCUUAUAGUCUGUAUAAUAAUAAAUAUUUCAUAUGGCGCUAUUGUAUUGCUCAAUACAGUUGAAUACCAGCAUUGAACAAAUAAAAUUAAAGUGCCAAGUGGAUAAAUGGACCAUCAAAUUGUGUAUUGAACCAUGUUUUUGCUUGUGAACUAAAGAUAGAAUGUAAUGAAAGAGAAAUCACAUUAAAAAUACAUAGGAAAUGUAUUAAGUGAUCUAGGGAAAAAGAAUUUAUUCCUGAAAAUAGUGUAAAAUCAGCUAUAUUCUCAAUGCCACAUCUUCUGUGUAUUUUCAACCAAUCCUCUGUGGAUCAUUGGUUGACGAUGCGCUUUUCUUAGACUGAGAAUCCCAAUCAAAUAAACAUAAAUGUUAAAAAGAACAACUAACUGCAUCAGAAAAAUUCAACCAAAGAGGUUAAUGUGUUUUGUUUUUUGGGGCUCUUAUUUUUAUCUACUGACAUUACGUAGAGGAUGAGGCAUGUACUGCUGUAGAACGUCUAAUUUAAAUUGUAAGAUGCAUUGUUUCAAGAAUAAUAGCUAUAAUUGUAAUCUUUGAAUGGAUGAUGUACAAUUAGCUUCAUGAUUGUAUGGUAAAUUCUUUUGACUUUCUACCCUGAAGAAAAAAUUAAUACUUUGAAAUAAGAUCAAAAUAAAUUGUUUUAUAUGAGCGUUGUGAAGUUAUAAAUGUAUGUAAUAUGUUGAAAUAUUAUAUAAGAAAUAUUGUAUGAUAAAUGGGAUUUAUAUGUAAGAAUGAUUUGUAUAUUGUGAAAGUUAUGAUGUAUGUAUUGAAACUGAUAAUUAAUAAGCAAAAAUAUAUUUAAUAAUAGCUGUAUAAUUUAUUUAAUUUAUCAGUUUCUGUAUUUUGUACAUUGCUAGGAGAUAAUCAAUAUGCUUGUAUGUUAAAAGUGAAUAUGAUAGAUUAUUAUACAUAUUAUGCUUUCAAUGUUAAAAAUUUCUGAGUGUUUUUAUGUCUUGUCAAUAGAAUAUUGUAAAAUUCAGAGUAAUUGCCCUUCAGUCUUCAUAAAUCAUUCACAUCUCUGUUGCUGAUUGAGAACAGUAAGUUGGUGAUUGUGCAAAGAAGACUGAUAAGUAGAAUAGACUAAUUGAUACUUUUUAAAAUAUUAUUUGAUGAUAAUUGUUCACUAAACUAAAAUAAUAGGGGACAUCUCACUGUGCCCCCUGCUAUUGUUCUCAUGGGGGGAUUAAUCAAGCCAGGGGAUUAUCGAAUACAAUGGUGUUAAAAGUAUAGUCUGUUUUUUUAAACUACUACUUUUAAACUAAUUAACAACUUUAUUCACAAUAAAUUUCAUAAAAGUAACAACAAAUACAUGUAUCAAACAUAAAUCAUAACCCUACUAAAUGUGAUCUGGCGUCAGUAUAUUCAAUUGCACUUUUUACUCCAUUUAACAGUUUGAUUUUUAGAUCAUUAAGGCAUGUGGCAGUUCAAUAUCUGAGCUCUGUACAACGAUGCAUGUAGGCUAUAGACUAGUAUGUCGGAACAUGCUUGAUUAUAUCUUCAGCUUCGCGUCGGAAAUCUGGAAAAUUAAAGCCAACAAAUACACAAUAAAUUCAAAUGAUAAAAAUGAAAUCUCCAUAAAUGAACAUAGUUAAUUUCAGGCAUAAAAGUAAAAAGAAUGAUUUAGAUAAAACAUGCAAUACUAAAUAUUAAUAUAAUAAUAUCCUUAUAUAAUGAUAGUGAGUUUCUAAUCAUAUAUUUGAUUGAUUUAUGAGUACUGUCUGAAUGAAAGGUAGGUGAAUAAUAUUUAAGAUACCCGAAAACCGAUUACACGUGAACUUAACUUAUAUAUUUUAAUCAUUAAAAUAAUUAAAUUUCAACUAGGUGAACAGUACUAAUAAGGAUACAGUCUAUAAUCCUUUGUUUACUUAAAUUUUCACACCACUACCCUAUAACACCAGUUGAUUGGGGGGCACAGUGAGAUUAAACCAAAUAAUAUAGUGCAUAAAAUUAGAGUUAUUCCCCUUUAGUCUUCAAUGAUCAAUGGGGAAUCCCAGUCAACUAAGAAUGCCAAAAUUCAAUUUAUUAUGACCAAAUACUGUGUUCAUUUGUUGUAUUAGUUUAUUGAUACAUAUGUAGUUAUAUAAGUUGAUCCUAUUGUCUAAAGUUUUUUUUCUCAAGUUGGUAAUGUGUAGGGCGUAUAUGCAUUGUAAGCAUUAGUUACAUAGCAAUUUUACACAGUUUUAAAGUGUACUUGAUGCUAAUUGCCUUAUUUCCAGACACAAUUAUGUUAAUGAAGGCUAUGCAAUAUCGGAACUGCUGAAUACAAGACAUACUUCAUCAAUUUAGCUACAGUUAAACUGAUUGUAUUAAAUAAUCACUUGUAAGAUCAGUGAAAUUAUCAAGAGAAACAAAUAAUUGUGUAUAAAAUUUCUAUACGAAAGAGUAUUAGGAGGUAGAAAAUGUAUAAUAAAGCCUCAUGAUUUUAACAUUGAUAUAGCCUUAAACUUUUAUCACAUUUUUCACUUAUCUACCUUAUUUAAAAUUUGUAUUAAUUGAAACCUCUCUCUUUAUUAGAUGGGUGGAAUUUUUAAUUAAUUUUAUUGAUUGUAAAUAUAUUUGAAUUAUCUGUUUAUGUAUUGUGUGUAUAUUUAUAUAUCAACAGAAGUUGUAUGAAAUGGAUUAUAUCAUUUGUAAGCUUUUAUUUGUCAAUAAAUUAAUGUAAUGUGUAAUUUA